ACUGGGAAGUGCAGAAAUUUCGGAGCGUCACGCCGCUGUCUCUGCCACAGCAGCUGCACGGUGUUGGAGGUAUUGCUGAACUGUGUACUACUGAGUUCAGACCCAGGAUUUAAAUAUUCUUUCAGCUUGAGCAGUACCCUAUAAAGUGUGUUAAAUGAUCAUGGAGAGGAAGAGGAUGGACUGCCCGGCUCUGCCCACGGGCUGGAAAAAAGAAGAAGUGAUCCGGAAGUCGGGGCUCAGUGCUGGCAAGAGCGAUGUCUACUAUUACAGUCCCAGUGGUAAGAAAUUCAGGAGCAAGCCCCAGCUGUCUCGAUACCUGGGGAACACUGUUGACCUUGGCUGUUUUGAUUUCCGCACUGGAAAGAUGAUGCCGAGUAAAUUGCAGAAGAACAAACAGAGACUAAGGAACGAGCAUCUUAGUCAGUCCAAGGGCAAGCCCGACCUGAACACUGCACUGCCGAUCAGGCAAACUGCCUCCAUUUUCAAGCAGCCAGUUACCAAAGUCACCAACCACCCUAGUAACAAAGUAAAGUCGGAUCCUCAGCGAGCAAUCGAGCAGCCACGACAGCUUUUCUGGGAGAAGAGACUACAAGGUUUGACUGCGUCUGAUGUAACUGAACAGAUAAUAAGAACCAUGGAACUUCCAAAAGGUUUACAAGGUGUUGGUCCAGGUAACACAGACGAGACCCUUUUAUCUGCUAUUGCAAGCGCUUUGCACACAAGUUCAGCACCAAUCACGGGACAGCUGUCUGCAGCAGUGGAAAAGAACCCAGCUGUAUGGCUGAAUGUGACCCAGCCCCUCUGCAAAGCCUUUAUGGUCACAGAUGAGGACAUUCGGAAACAGGAGGAACGAGUACACCAUGUGCGGAAUAAGCUGGAGGAGGCACUGAUGGCAGAUGUGUUGGCGCGGGCCGCGGAAUCAACGAGGGAGACAGAUGUGGAGAUGGGCACAGAAGUUAAAGCAUAGGAAUAGAAUUAGGAUUCCAAAGAUAUUUUAUUUUUGCAUCAGAAGCAAGUUCCCAAAUUAAAACUGAAGACAUCAUGUCUGGAUCGUCGUCAGUGUAUGCUUAAAGAAACAAAAAGGACCCACGCACAUUUUAAUAGCUUUAUAACAAAUAGCUCGAACCAAGGCCUUUUUUGACCAUCAUAUUUUUGAUGUAUAUAUUUCAGAGCAAUGUUU